GUCCCACAAAGCCUGUCGAGGACGUGCGUGGCUUACGGCCCCGCAUGUUCAACGUCAUUAUCCAUUUGACCAAGUACUGCUCAAGUUAAGGCUCUAUAACUUUAUAAUGUCGGGAAAGACCUACAAGAUCGCGGUGCUGCCGGGCGACGGCAUCGGCCCUGAGGUGUGCGACCAGGCCGUGCAGGUUCUGCAGACUGUGGGCGAGCUGUUCCAACACCAGUUCGCCUUCACCACUGCGCUGUGCGGUGGCGCUGCCUACGAGGAGCACAAGACGCACCUGCCGCAGUCGACGGUGGACACGGUGGCAGCCUCGGACGCUGUGCUUUUUGGCUCGGUGGGCGGCCCCACGGACGCGCAGGAGGACCCCAAGUGGAAGGACGCCGAGAAGAACUGUCUGCUCGGUCUGCGCAAGAACUUCCAGCUGGCUGUCAACAUCCGACCGGCUAAGAUCUACUCCAUGCUGCCGGAUCUGUCGCCUCUCAAGCCUAGUAUCAUCGCGAAUGGCGUGGACAUGGUCAUUGUGCGCGAACUCGUGUCCGGAAUCUACUUCGGCGAGCACAACACGAACGGCGACACGGCCACGGACGUCAUGAAGUACACGGAGGCCGAGAUUGCCAAGCCCAUGCGAUUCGCCUUCGAGACGGCCAUGAACCGUUCCAAGCGUCUGACUGUCGUGGACAAGGCCAACGUACUGGACUGCAGUCGUCUGUGGCGCAAGGUCGCCAAGGACGUGGCCAAGGACUACCCGGAGGUGCAGUUCGACUUCAUGUACAUUGACAAUGCUGUGAUGCAGCUGAUCCGCAAUCCGUCGCAGUUCGAUGUGAUCGUCACUGGCAACAUGUUCGGCGACAUUCUGUCGGACGCGGCGUCGGUGCUGCCUGGUUCGCUGGGUCUCAUGCCGUCGGCCAGUCUGGGUGACAAGGUGCACCUGUUCGAGCCUAUCGGUGGCUCGGCCCCCGACAUCGCUGGCAAGGACUUCGCCAACCCGAUCGCUCAGAUCCUGUCGGCUGCGCUGCUUCUGCGCUACUCGUUCCAGAUGGAGACGGAGGCUCAGCUUAUCGAGAAGGCGGUGGAGCAGGUGCUGCUGGACGGCGUACGCACGGGCGACCUGACCAAGGACCAGGCGGCUGUGGUCGGCACCAAGGCGAUGGGCGCAGCUAUCAUUGCCAAGAUGAAAGCCCUGCGUCAAUAAGAAUCCGUCCAUAGCGAUAGAUUUUUUUGCCGCUUUAAUUGAAGGCACGUAGAUUUUUUUUUCUGUUGUGGAGUUCAUAUUUUCUAUGGUUUAAUAGUGUUGUUUCAAAC